AUGCUGGCUUCGUUCGGCCACGACGGCGACGGCGAGGUCUCGGCGGCGUCUAAGCUGUGGGGGCUCUGCCUCUGCAUGCGGACACGUCGAACGAGGACAUGGGUGCACUCAGCGGCGAACACUGGCGGCGACGGCGGGCCGCUGGACGAGGAGGAUGAGCUGGCGGGGGAGCAGGCGGAAGCCGCCGGAGAGGAGGACGACGACGAGCGCACGUGGCUGCGGGAGACGUUCGGGAUGUACGAGAUGGAGGGCACCGGGUGCAUCACGCCGCUUAGCCUGAAGCUGGUGCUGGCUAGGCUCGGCGCGCGCCGGAACAUCGCCGAGUGCCAGGCCAUCAUCUGUCGUUUCGACAUGGAUAGCGACGGCGUGGUCAGCUUCAACGAGUUCAGGACCAUGAUGACGGUCUAG